CAAAAGGACACUAGAUCUUUGGAAGGAAAACAAUCUUGGAACAUCAAUGUAUGCAUCUCACACCUAAUGUCCGAAAAAAACAUGAUGAAAAUGGAUCUAAAUACAUUCCCAAAUCCGAUUUAUCUGGCAACUCAAGUACCAGGUGCCAGAUGUUGAAUCCAAUCCAGUCAUCUUAUUUCUUGAAUUUUAAGCAAUUUUCUUGAAAUUUAACCUACAAAAACUUUUCUAUUUUUUAAAAUAACCCACCAAAUCAAAAUCCCAUCUUUGCUUGAAAAAAUGAAGCUUUCUGCGCUACAACAGAGCUACCUGGGUCGCCGGAGCAGCAGCUUUAGAGGGUCAUCGCCGCUAGACUCUUCAGAAAACCCCAUCAAAUCUCCGGCCACAAUUUUCUGGUUAGUUUUUCAUUGCUUGUGUUGUCUAGUUAGCUUGGUUCUUGGCUUCAGAUUCUCUAGACUUGUGUUUUUUCUUUUGUUUUCGACAUCGAAUACGAUAUAUACGGCAACCCCUUUUCGACCUGAUACUAAUGUUGUUGCUGAUAAGACUACAUUGCCUGUGUUGAAUUUGAAUCCCGGGUUUGAAACUUCUGUUAAUAGAACUGGUUUGGGUACUAGUAGUGUUGUGGUUGGGCGGCACGGGAUUUUGAUUAGGCCUUGGCCUCAUCCGAAUCCCGAUGAGGUUAUGAAGGCUCAUCAGAUUAUUGAGAGGGUUCAAAGAGAACAGAAGUUUCAGUAUGGGAUUAAGAACCCUAGGACUUUGAUUGCAAUUACACCUACUUAUGUAAGGACAUUUCAGACUUUGCAUUUUAUUGGAUUGAUGCAUUCGUUAAUGAAUGUUCCGUAUGAGGUCAUAUGGAUUGUUGUUGAAGCUGGUGGAACAACCAAUGAGACGUCGUCGCUGCUAGCUAAGUCAGGACUUUCGAAUAUGCACAUUGGAUUUAAUGAAAAGAUGCCGACUUUGUGGGAGGAUCGUCACAAGAUGGAGGCGAAAAUGAGAAUUCACGGAUUGAGAGUUGUUAAAGAAAACAAACUUGAUGGAAUUGUGAUGUUUGUGGAUGAUAGUAAUGUGCAUAGUAUGGAAUUUUUUGAUGAGAUUCAAAAAGUGAAGGAGAUUGGUGUUGUUUCUGUUGGUAUUCUUUCUCAUUCAGGUAAUUCUGACGGGGAACAAGUAUCAGUAGUUCAGAAUCGAGGAGAAGAAAGCAAGUCAAGUUUACCAAUUCAGGGUCCAGCUUGCAAUUCGUCAGACCAAUUGGUAGGAUGGCACACGUUUGAUUCAUUGCCAUAUGUCGUGAACAGUGCAAGGUAUAUUGGUGAUAAAGGAAUUGUGCUUCCCAUGAAGAUGGAAUGGGCAGGAUUUGUGUUGACUUCCAGGUUGCUUUGGGAAGAACCUGAAAAUAUAACAGACUGGGUUAAACAUCUGCAGAAAGCGGUUGACAAUGGGCAGGAGACAUUUAGUCCCCUGUCUCUAUUGAAAGAUCCUGCAGUAGUUGAACCACUAGGAAGUUGUGGGCGUAAAGUUAUGCUCUGGUGGCUUCGUGUUGAAGCUCGUGCUGAUAGCAGAUUCCCUGCAAGGUGGAUUAUUGAUCCUCCACUAGAGGUUACUGUUCCAGCAAAACGCACACCAUGGCCAGAUGCUCUCCCCGAAUUGCACUCCCCUGAAAAAGUUGCUACUAUUCAAGAGAACACUGAGAAGCGUGCAACAAAAACACGAACGCCCAGAUCAAAGCGCAGUUCAAGAAGCAAAAGAAAACGUGAAGCUCGAGGUAAUGUUGAUGCACGCAACUCUGCGAGCCGUGUCACUGAGAAAUAAGAUUUAGCCCCAAAAUGACACAUAAACAUAAAUUACACUGCAUGUAAUUUGAAAUUUAAGGGAUGGGAAACACAAAAUAUUGAAGCUGAAGCAGUUCUGCCGGCCAAAAGUACAGAAAAGAAGUAGAUAUAUGCAUAUGGAUUUCUGAUUCCACUGCCCAAUACUCCAAAGCUUGAACCAGUAAGUCAGAAAGAGUUGAAUCAUCGGAUCUCCAUUUAGCUUACAAGUGUUUAAAUAUACAAUCCUGGUGAUAAAAUAGAUGAGUUUAUAUAAUAUAUUUCCUGUAGAAGAUAAGCAAAGUUGUUUCAUUCUGUAUUUUUAUUAUAAAAUUCUGCUAAGAAAAUAAAAACGCUUGUGAUGCUAGAAAA